GACCAUUUUUCUAAAACCAGAACAAUAACUAAGUCAGAGCUAGAGGGAAUAAGAAUGAAGCUAUCCCAGGCAUUAGCAUUGUUUCUCCAGAAUGUUCCGUCAUCUCUAACUGGGUCCUCCUGCUGAUACUGCUGUCUGCAGUGGCUGGCACUUUUCCUCCACGUUGUGAAAGGAAGAGAAUUGGCUGGAAUAAAACCUUCCCUUCCAUAUGGUCGACUUGAAAUACAGCAUUGAAAAGUUCCUUGAUCAUCAAUCAGCAGCCUGCCCCUUCUCUUCAUAUGCAGCCGCUCUCUGUUGCCUGCCCCAAUGAACACCUGCACUAGGCCCAAACUGUGGAGUGUGUUACCUGAAGAGUGACACCAUUUACUUGGAAACUACUAUGAGGAAACUGAAGCCCAGAGAGGUGAAGUGAGGUGCCCAAGGCCACACAGCAAGUUAGAGGCACAGCUAGUACCAUAGCUCAAGUCUCCUGACUCCCAGUCCAGUGCUCCUCCCAUUACUCCACGGGUCCUGUCUCUAAGCUUCCAGACAAAUGCUAGAACGGAAGAAACCCAAGACAGCUGAAAACCAGAAGGCAUCUGAGGAGAAUGAGAUUACUCAGCCGGGUGGAUCCAGCGCCAAGCCGGGCCUUCCCUGCCUGAACUUUGAAGCAGUUCUGUCUCCAGACCCAGCGCUCAUCCACGCAACACAUUCACUGACAAACCCUCACGCUCACACCGGGUCAUCUGAUUGUGACAUCAGUUGCAAGGGGAUGACCGAGCGCAUUCACAGCAUCAACCUUCACAACUUCAGCAAUUCCGUGCUCGAGACCCUCAACGAGCAGCGCAACCGUGGCCACUUCUGUGACGUGACGGUGCGCAUCCACGGGAGCAUGCUGCGUGCCCACCGCUGCGUGCUGGCCGCUGGCAGCCCCUUCUUCCAGGACAAGCUGCUGCUGGGCUACAGCGAUAUCGAGAUCCCGUCAGUGGUGUCCGUGCAGUCCGUGCAAAAGCUCAUCGACUUCAUGUACAGCGGCGUGCUCCGCGUCUCGCAGUCGGAAGCCCUGCAGAUCCUCACGGCCGCCAGCAUCCUGCAGAUCAAAACCGUCAUCGACGAGUGCACACGCAUUGUGUCCCAGAAUGUGGGCGACGUGUGCGCGGGGAUCCAGGACUCGGGCCAGGACACACCGCGAGGCACGCCCGAGUCCGGCACCUCGGGCCAGAGCAGCGACACCGAGUCGGGCUACCUGCAGAGCCACUCGCAGCACAGCGUGGACAGGAUCUACUCGGCGCUGUACGCGUGCUCCAUGCAGAACGGCAGCGGCGAGCGCUCCUUCUACAGCGGGGCGGUGGUCAGCCACCACGAAACGGCACUCGGCCUGCCCCGCGACCACCACAUGGAAGACCCCAGCUGGAUCACUCGCAUCCACGAGCGCUCGCAGCAGAUGGAGCGCUACCUGUCCACCACCCCCGAGACCACGCACUGCCGCAAGCAGCCCCGGCCCGUGCGCAUCCAGACCCUGGUGGGCAACAUCCACAUCAAGCAGGAGAUGGAGGACGACUAUGACUACUACGGCCAGCAGCGAGUGCAGAUCCUGGAGCGCAACGAGUCUGAGGAGUGCACGGAAGACACCGACCAGGCCGAGGGCACCGAGAGCGAGCCCAAGGGGGAGAGCUUCGACUCGGGCGUCAGCUCAUCCAUAGGUACCGAGCCCGACUCGGUGGAGCAGCAGUUCGGAGCCGGGGCAUCCCGGGAUGGCCAGGCGGAGCCGGCCCAACCGGAGCAGGCCGCCGAAGUCCCCACCGAGGGUGGCCCGCCACCGCACCAGCCAGAGACAGGUGCCUCCACCCCAGAGAGAAGCACCGAGGUGGAGAUGGACAACACGGUCAUCACGGUCAGCAACAGCUCCGACAAGAGUGUCUUGCAGCAGCCGUCGGUCAACACAUCCAUCGGGCAGCCAUUGCCAAGUACCCAGCUCUACUUACGCCAGACAGAAACCCUCACCAGCAACCUGAGGAUGCCUCUGACCUUGACCAGCAACACACAGGUCAUUGGCACAGCCGGCAACACCUACCUGCCGGCCCUCUUCACUACCCAGCCUGCGGGCAGCGGCCCCAAGCCUUUUCUCUUCAGCCUGCCGCAGCCCCUGACAGGCCAGCAGACCCAGUUUGUGACAGUGUCCCAGCCAGGCCUGUCGACCUUUACUGCACAGCUGCCAGCGCCACAGCCCCUGGCCCCAUCCGCAGGCCACAGCACGGCCAGUGGGCAGGGCGAAAAAAAGCCUUAUGAGUGCACCCUGUGCAACAAGACUUUCACGGCCAAGCAGAAUUACGUCAAGCACAUGUUCGUCCACACAGGUGAGAAGCCCCACCAGUGCAGCAUCUGCUGGCGCUCGUUCUCCUUAAAGGAUUACCUUAUCAAGCACAUGGUGACGCACACAGGAGUGAGGGCCUACCAGUGCAGUAUCUGCAACAAGCGCUUCACCCAGAAGAGCUCCCUCAACGUGCACAUGCGUCUCCACCGCGGGGAGAAGUCCUACGAGUGCUACAUCUGCAAAAAGAAGUUCUCCCACAAGACGCUCCUGGAGCGGCACGUGGCCCUGCACAGCGCCAGCAACGGAACCCCUCCCGCGGGCACAGCCCCAGGGGCCCGAGCUGGCGCCCCCGGCGUGGCAGCCUGCACGGAGGGGACCACUUACGUCUGCUCCGUGUGCCCCGCCAAGUUCGACCAAAUCGAGCAGUUCAACGACCACAUGAGGAUGCACGUGUCUGAUGGAUAAGUAGUGUCUUUCUCUCUUUCUUACGAACCAAACGACACAACAAAGAAACACACACACACACCGCAAAGCUAUGGCACUAGAAUUUAAGAAAUGUUUUGGUUUUGUUUAACUUUCUGUUUUUUGUUUUCGUCUCGUUUCAUUUUGUAUUACAUGAAGAACUGUUUUUUGCCUGCUGGUACAUUACAUUUCCGGAGGCUCGGGUGAACCGUCGUUUUCCCCGUCUCCCGUGGAUGGUGGCCUUAAGGCCUGGUAGUGCUUCAAGAGGUCCACUGGUUGGAUCUCUAGCUACUG